AUGCCUGCCCCUCCCCGUCAAACAUUCCAAAUUGGUUGGAUAUGUGCCCUCCCGAUUGAGGCUGCCGCAGCCAAAGAAAUGCUGGAUGAAAAUUUUGGUAUCCUCGAGUUUCAAGACGCAGCAGACACGAACACCUACACCUCAGGCAGAAUCGGUAAACACCAUGUCGUGAUCGCCUGUCUGCCCGGAGGACAGUACGGGAUGACCUCAGCCACCACGGUCGCAAACAACAUGCUCCGCACAUUCUCUAGCUCGCUUCGAAUUGGGUUGAUGGUCGGGAUCGGGGGAGGAAUCCCGUCGGCUGCUCAUGAUAUACGACUGGGCGAUAUCGUGAUUAGCUACCCGCAGGGCACUUCCGGUGGGGUGCUGCAAUAUGAUAUGGGAAAGGUUGGGGUCGGUGGAGAAUUCCACCGAACUGGAUCUUUGAAUAGCCCUCCUCGGUCGCUGCUCACAGCGCUUAGCUCGAUGAGGGCUAACGAGCUAACGGACGACCCUCUCUAUCCGGAAUAUAUCCGUCGCGCGACCAAAAGAACUACACGAACCCGGAGAAGUUUCGCCCGACCAGAUAUAUAUCAUGAUCGGCUCUUUAAGCCACAUUACGAGCAUCCUGCUGCUGCAAAUAGCUGUGAUGCAUGUCUGCUAGAAUGGGAAGAGACCAGAGAGAAACGCGAGAGUAGUGACCCGCAGCCACACUAUGGUAUUAUUGCGUCUGGGAGCUCAGUGAUCAAGAAUGGGAAUACCAGAGAGCAGCUUAGGCUACAAACCGGGGCAUUAUGCUUUGAAAUGGAGGCAGCUGGUUUGAUGAUGGACUUUCCCUGCAUUGUCAUCCGCGGUGUUUGUGAUUACGCCGAUUCGCAUAAGAACAAGCAGUGGCAAGGAUAUGCUGCUUUGGCAGCAGCAUCAUAUACCAAAGAGCUACUAGGGUAUAUCCCUAAGGGUCAUGUUUCGCAGGAAGAAUUAGUGGUGGAUGUGUGUAAUGAGUUGAAGGAAGAAAUCCAAGGCACCAAUCAGCGCUUAGAUCGAGCAUACGAUCAACAGGAACAACACUUUUAUGAGCAGAAAGCAAGAGUUUUAACAGAUCGGCAGCAAAAAUGUCACCAAGCCUUUAAGAUCGCCAAUUACAUGGAGCAGAAGAAUAUCAAUCCAACCCGAGCAGAAGGGACCUGCCAAUGGGCCCUACAGAGCCCUGAAUACCUCCGUUGGUGGAAGAGCAGAUGCAAUGACCUCCUCUGGGUGUCGGCUGAUCCUGGCUGCGGGAAGUCUGUACUGGCUAAAUCGAUUAUCGAUGAUCACUUGCAGGACUCUAAUUCGGGAAUCACAACGUGUUACUUUUUCUUUAAGGACAAUGCCGAACAGGAUCAUCUUGCUAUAGCAUUGUGCUCAAUACUUCAUCAGCUCUUUAUCCAGCAGCCAUCUCUACUACAACAUGCGCUACCAUCCUGGGAAAAGAAUGGCGAGAAAAUUCGGCAAGAUAUUGAGGAACUCUGGCAAAUAUUUUUAACAGCAUCAUUAGCUGGCGGGUCAUGCAAAAUCAUCUGUAUACUCGAUGCGCUCGACGAAUGCCGCGAGGUUGAUCAGCACCGAUUGAUAGAGAAGCUCAGUCACUUUCACUCCCAGCGGCAAUCAUCCGCAGGGAAUACGUGGUUGAAAUUCUUCGUUACUAGUCGUCCCUACAACGACAUCCAACUAGGUUUUCGAGCGAUCACAGAUGCUUUCCCGCAGCUUCAUCUCAAGGGCGAAGAAGAAAACGAUCAGAUUCAUGAGGAGAUAGAUCUUGUUGUGAAGAUGCGAGUCAAAGACCUAGCCCAAGCAGCUCGCUUGUCACCUGAGACGCAGCAGAGACUCGAGCACCAGCUCCUUCAGAUGGAACACAGGACGUAUCUGUGGCUAUAUUUGGCUAUCGACGACAUUCGAACCACCUUCACGAAAAGUCUCUGGCCGUCAAAGCAGAUAAUCGAACGAAUUCCUUCCUCUGUAAAUGCGGCCUAUGAGAAAAUUCUCAGUCGGGUGCCAACAGGGGAGGUAACCAAAGUGAGAAGGAUAUUACAGAUUAUUGUCGCGGCUCGGCGUCCUUUAACCAUACAAGAAAUGGCAAUGGCAUUAGGUAUAGCGUUACAGCCAAAGUGCCGAUUUGCAGCGCAGGCUAGCGCAGAGCUAGAAUAUUUCGAUGAAAAGCUACGCCAGUUAUGUGGCCUAUUCGUGUUCAUCAAGAACUCGAAGAUCUACCUCAUUCAUCAGACGGCCAGAGAGUUUCUCAUCGGAGAAAGCACAGAGACUCCUCAUUUCGCGUACUCGUGCAAACCGAGUGAGAACGAGCAGCUGAUGGCUCGUAUCUGUUUGCAAUACCUGCUGAUGGAGGAUUUGGAGGACGACGGUCAAAAGCUUUUGGAAUAUUCCGCAGUACAUUGGCCCGAUCACGUGCGAAAAAUGACUAUGGAAGAAGACCAAGAAGUUGACGACUUAUUGCAUGAUAUAUAUAAUACGACUGGAAAGGUAUUCUCACUUUGGUUCCCAUUGUUUUGGAAGGCAAUGAUGCCGGACGACAGCCCAGAGCAUAAAGUGAGCCCGAUUCAUCUCGCAGCCAUCAACGGGCAUGAAAAAAUUGUCCGCCGUCUCCUCGCCGAAGAUGACAGUGAGGUCAAUAAAGCGGAUAGCAUGAAUUCAUACCCGUUGAUGUGGGCCUCAUUGAGUGGAUACAAGAAUGUUGUGAAGAGACUGCUCAACCACGGAGCCGAUGUCAAUGCUCACGGUGGAAAGAGAGGCAAUGCCCUUCAGGCUGCUUGUGUUAGAGGGCACAAUAAGGUCGUGCAGGUCCUCUUGGAACACGGAGCCGAUGUCAACCAGCAGGGUGGAUUUUAUGGCAAUUCCCUUCAGGCUGCUUGUCAUGGAGGACACGAUAAGAUCGUGCAGGUCCUCUUGGAACACGGAGCCGAUGUCAACCAGCAGGGUGGAUUUUAUGGCAAUGCCCUCCACGCUGCUUAUGGUGGAGGGCACAAUAAGGUCGUGCAGGUCCUCUUGGAACACGGAGCCGAUAUCAACCAGCAAGGUGGAUUUUUUGGCAAUACCUUCCAGGCUGCUUGUUGUGGAGGACACGAUAAGAUCGUGCAGGUCCUCUUAGAUCACGGAGCCGAUGUCAACGCCCAGGGUGGAGUGUAUGGCAAUGCCCUCCAGGCUGCUUGUGGUGGAGGGCACAAUAAGGUCGUGCAGGUCCUCUUAGAUCACGGAGCCGAUGUCAACACCCAGGGUGGAGUGUAUGGCAAUGCCCUCCAGGCUGCUUGUGAGAGAGGAUACGAUAAGAUCAUGCAGGUCCUCUUAGAUCACGGAGCCGAUGUCAAUGCCCAGGGUGGAAUGUUUCCCAAUGCCCUCCACGCUGCUUGUGAUAGAGGACACGAUAAGAUCGUGCGGGUCCUCUUAGAUCACGGAGCCGAAGUCAACGGCCAGGGUGGAUUGUUUGGCAAUGCCCUCCAAGCUGCUUGUGAUAGCGGACACGAUAAGAUCGUACAGAUGUUGUUGGAGAAUGAAGCCGAUGCCAAUUCUCAGGGGUCACAGUAUCGCAAGGCACUACACACUAGCUUCGACCACUGGGUACUGUGA